GCCGCGGCGAGCAAAGUCCAGUGCCCUGGGCCUCGGCCGUGUCCGAGGGAGCUGGGUGUUCUCAGAGCGGGACGGACAACUUGGAGGCAGGCUGAGAUGGACCGUGAGGAGGGAAGGAACGGGAUCGCCGGCAGCUCCUCGGGAGCCGAGGGUGCCUUUGAACUAGCCACCACCAGUAACCAACGAGACGGGAAAAAAAUGAAGAAAACUAACAUGAUCAGCCCAUUAACAUUGUUUCGAUAUUCUGAUUGGAAAGAUAAAUUAUUUAUGGUGCUGGGCACCAUCAUGGCCAUUGCUCAUGGUUCAGGUCUCCCGCUUAUGAUGAUAGUAUUUGGAGAAAUGACAGAUAGCUUUGUAAAUACUGCAGGAAACUUUUCUUUCCCAGUAAAUUUUUCUUUGGCGAUGUUAAAUCCAGCCAGAAUUCUGGAGGAAGAAAUGACCAGAUAUGCCUAUUAUUAUUCAGGAUUAGGAGGAGGUGUUCUAAUAGCUGCUUACAUUCAGGUUUCCUUCUGGACCUUAGCUGCUGGCCGGCAAAUUAAAAAAAUUAGGCAAAAGUUUUUUCAUGCUGUUCUACGACAGGAAAUAGGGUGGUUUGAUGUCAAUGACACCACAGAGCUCAACACGAGGCUCACGGAUGACAUCUCCAAAAUCAGUGAAGGAAUUGGUGACAAGGUUGGAAUGUUCUUUCAAGCAGUAGCAACAUUUUUUGCAGGAUUCAUAGUGGGGUUCAUAAGAGGAUGGAAGUUAACCCUUGUGAUAAUGGCCAUCAGCCCUAUCCUGGGACUUUCUACAGCCGUCUGGGCAAAGAUACUGUCUGCAUUUAGUGACAAAGAGUUAGCAGCCUAUGCUAAGGCUGGUGCUGUGGCAGAGGAGGCAUUGUCUGCCAUAAAGACUGUGAUAGCCUUCGGGGGACAAAACAAAGAACUGGAAAGGUAUCAGAGACAUUUAGAAAAUGCCAAAAAGAUUGGAAUAAAGAAAGCUAUUUCAGCAAAUAUUUCUAUGGGCAUUGCCUUCCUGCUAAUAUAUGCAUCCUAUGCAUUGGCUUUCUGGUAUGGAUCUACUCUAGUCAUAUCCAAGGAAUAUACUAUUGGAAAUGCACUUACAGUCUUUUUUUCAAUAUUAAUAGGAGCUUUCAGUGUCGGGCAGGCUGCACCAUGCAUUGAUUCAUUUGCUAAUGCAAGAGGAGCAGCUUAUGCAGUCUUUGAUAUUAUUGAUAACAAUCCUAAAAUUGACAGUUUUUCUGAGGCUGGCCAUAAACCGGACCACAUCAAGGGGAAUCUGGAGUUCAGAAACGUUCACUUCUCUUAUCCUUCCCGAGCUGAUGUCAAGAUUUUAAAGGGCCUCAACCUCAAGGUUAACAGUGGACAAACAGUAGCCUUGGUUGGUAACAGUGGCUGUGGGAAAAGUACAACUGUUCAGUUGAUACAGAGACUGUAUGACCCUCUGGAAGGCACGAUCAGCAUUGAUGGGCAAGAUAUUCGAACUCUAAAUGUGAGGUAUCUGAGGGAAAUAAUCGGAGUCGUGAGUCAGGAACCGGUGCUGUUUGCCACCACAAUUGCUGAAAACAUUCGCUAUGGCAGGGAAGACGCCACGAUGGAUGAGGUCAAGAAAGCCGUCAAAGAUGCCAAUGCCUAUGAGUUCAUCAUGAAACUACCAGAGAAAUUUGACACUCUGGUUGGAGAAAGAGGGGCCCAGCUGAGUGGCGGUCAGAAGCAGAGGAUAGCAAUUGCUCGAGCUCUCAUUCGGAAUCCUAAGAUCCUUCUGCUUGAUGAGGCCACCUCAGCCUUGGAUACCGAGAGUGAAUUUGAGGUACAAGCAGCUCUGGAUAAGGCAAGAGAAGGUCGAACUACCAUUGUGAUAGCUCAUCGUCUGUCUACAAUCCGAAACGCAGAUGUCAUAGCCGGUUUUGAGGAUGGGGUCAUUACAGAACAAGGAAGCCACAGUGAGCUGAUGAAAAGGGAAGGGGUUUACUUCAAACUUGUUAACAUGCAGACAUCAGGAUAUCAGAUUCAGUCAGAAGAAUUUGAAGUUGAAUUAAAAGAUGAGAACAUAUCUGGGAUGGCACCAAAUGGCCUGAAAUCACGACUUUUUAGGAAUUCCACACACAAAAGUUUUAGAAAUUCACGAAAGCAUCAGAAUAGCUUUGAUGUGGCUCCAGAAGAGCUUGACCCAGACGUGCCACCAGUAUCUUUUCUCAAAGUCCUGAAGCUGAAUAAAACAGAAUGGCCUUACUUUGUGGUGGGAACCCUCUGUGCCAUUGUCAAUGGGGCCUUACAGCCAGCAUUUUCCAUAAUAUUUUCAGAGAUGUUAGCAAUUUUUGGACCAGGGGAUGAUGAAGUGAAACAACAGAAGUGCGAUAUGUUCUCCUUGCUGUUUUUAGGGCUUGGAAUUCUUUCUUUCUUUACUUUUUUCCUCCAGGGCUUCACAUUUGGUAAAGCUGGGGAGAUCCUUACAACAAGACUUCGAUUCAUGGCUUUUAAGGCAAUGCUAAGACAGGACAUGAGUUGGUUUGAUGAUCCUAAGAACAGUACUGGUGCACUUUCGACAAGACUUGCAACUGAUGCUUCCCAAGUCCAAGGAGCCACAGGUAGCAGGCUGGCUUUGAUUGCUCAGAACACAGCAAACCUUGGGACUGGGAUAAUCAUAUCAUUUGUAUACGGUUGGCAAUUAACCCUUUUGCUAUUAUCAGUUGUUCCAAUCAUUGCUGUAUCAGGAAUCGUUGAAAUGAAAAUGUUGGCUGGAAAUGCUAAAAGAGACAAGAAGGAAAUAGAAGUUGCUGGAAAGAUUGCAACAGAGGCAAUAGACAACAUAAGGACAGUUGUGUCCUUGACCCAAGAAAGGAAAUUUGAAUCAAUGUAUGGAGAAAAUUUGAAUGGGCCCUACAGAAAUUCUGUGCGGAAAGCCCACAUCUAUGGAAUCACUUUUAGCAUUUCCCAGGCCUUUAUGUAUUUUUCUUAUGCUGGUUGUUUUCGAUUUGGUGCUUAUCUAGUAGUGAAUGGACACAUGCGUUUUCGAGAUGUUAUUCUGGUAUUUUCCGCCAUUGUUUUUGGGGCCAUGGCCUUAGGACACGCUAGUUCAUUUGCUCCAGACUAUGCUAAAGCCAAGUUGUCAGCAGCCCACUUAUUUAUGUUGUUCGAAAGAGAGCCUCUCAUAGACAGCUACAGUGAAGCAGGACUGAAGCCUGAUGGUUUGGAAGAAAGGGAUGCGUGGCCUAGAGAAGACGUAGGGAGGGGGAACGCUAAGUUUGAAGGGAAUGUGUCAUUUAAUGAAGUUGUGUUCAACUACCCUACCCGGCCAAAUGUCCCCGUGCUCCAAGGCCUGACCCUGGAGGUGAAGAAGGGUCAGACCCUGGCUCUUGUGGGCAGCAGUGGUUGUGGGAAGAGUACUGUGGUGCAACUUCUCGAGAGGUUCUAUGAUCCCCUGGCUGGACAGGUGCUUCUGGAUGGUCAAGAAACCAAGAAGCUUAAUGUCCAGUGGCUCCGGGCUCAGCUUGGCAUCGUGUCCCAGGAGCCCAUUUUGUUCGACUACAGCAUUGCAGAGAACAUCGCCUAUGGAAACAACAGCCGGCUGGUAUCACAGGAAGAGAUUGUGAACGCAGCCAAGGCUGCUAACAUCCAUCCUUUCAUUGAAACACUGCCUGAAAAAUAUGAAACCAGGGUGGGAGACAAAGGAACUCAGCUCUCCGGGGGUCAGAAACAGCGCAUUGCUAUCGCUCGAGCCCUCAUCAGAAACCCUCAGAUCCUGCUGUUGGAUGAAGCCACUUCAGCCCUGGAUACAGAAAGUGAAAAGAUUGUUCAGGAAGCCCUGGACAAGGCCAGAGAAGGUCGAACCUGUAUUGUGAUUGCUCACCGCCUCUCCACCAUCCAGAAUGCGGACCUUAUUGUUGUGUUGCAGAAUGGCAAGGUCAAAGAACGAGGGACACACCAACAGCUGCUAGCUCAGAAAGGCAUCUACUUUUCAUUGGUCAACGUUCAGACUGGGACACAGAACUUAUGAACUCUUGUUAUUUUCCACUUCUUAGAAAUAAACAUACAUACUAUUUCACUA